CCGAGCCCGCGGGGGGUGGGGGAGGGCUUCUGACCGUGCCUUUCCCCAGCACGCAGCUCGGCGGCUCCUGUCCUCGCCAUGAGGCCGCAGCAGGCACCGGUGUCCGGGAAGGUCUUCAUCCAGAGAGACUACAGCAGCGGCACACGCUGCCAGUUCCAGACCAAGUUCCCCGCCGAGCUGGAGAACCGGAUUGAUAGGCAACAAUUUGAAGAAACAGUGCGGACUCUAAAUAACCUUUAUGCAGAAGCAGAGAAGCUUGGUGGCCAAUCGUACCUUGAAGGCUGUCUGGCUUGUUUGACAGCAUACACCAUCUUCUUGUGCAUGGAGACCCACUAUGAAAAGGUUCUGAAGAAGGUCUCCAAAUACAUUCAAGAACAGAAUGAGAAGAUAUAUGCUCCUCAAGGCCUCCUCCUGACAGACCCCAUUGAGAGAGGACUUCGAGUUAUUGAAAUUACCAUCUAUGAAGACAGAGGCGUGAGCAGUGGAAGAUAAACAAUAGGAUUACAGAUCCCACCUCCAGCUGGGACCCUCGUCUGUCCACUGGCCGAUGGCAGAGUGUCCCUACCUCCUCUCCAGAGCAUCAUUCCCUUGUAUCUGCUGCCAGAGCCACGGUGCCAUUUACUCCAAGGACUGACUUUCUCAAAUGCCACACCCGGAGUGACCUCCAGUCACUCCACAUCCACUUUGUGUUUCCAAAUUGUGUUGACUUCUAUCGUUUGAUUUGUUUCUGAACCCCCCCCACCACACAUACAACAUGAAGCAGUACACUUUUUUAAAAUCCAAAGCCAUUUAAAAACUACGCAGUUGUGAACCCAUACAAGUUUACUUCCUACUUGCCACCAGGACCGUUGUUCUCUUCAUUCCUUGGGCCAGUUUCUCAGGUGGCUUCAGACUGAACAAGUCGUAGCCGGUGUUCAGCUAUCCUCCAAGCUAGUUAGUACAAGGCUUUCUCCAGGUGAGGGUGUGUUGUGUCUGGUUUUGCUAGUACAGCGCCCAGAUCUCAAAGAACUGCCAGUUUUGCCCUGAUGCAGAUCCUGAGACUUCUGCUGUUCAGUUUUUCAAACUGAAGCUUGUUGAAUAUAAUGUAUAAAUGUUGUUUGUUUUAUUAUUGCAAUUAUUCCUAAUUAAAACAGUAUUUAAUGCAA